UUAACAGUGAAAUCAAUACAAAUAAACAAUUGAUCAUCUCCACGUUUCUUUAUACCGAUUAUGUUAAUCUCUUCUUCAUCCUCAUCUUCAUCUUUUUUUUGUUUCCACUCCAAUGGCGUCAACCGAAAUCACUGUAGACGCAAUGUUAAUCAAAGAAUAUGCAAAUGAGGAUCCAAACCAGCAUCCCUUUCUUCUUCAUCUCACAACUCAAGCCGCCACCGCCGCUGCCAACUUCAAACGCCAAAGACGGCACCGACUUUCCCGAGAAAGUGUAUUGCCCAGGCGCCGCCGUUCCUUGGGCCACAUUGUUAUGCAUGCUGUGACCUUCACAUUUCUGCCGCUGCGUUUAUGUUUCAAUUUUCUGCUAUGCCUUUGGAUAGGCUACAAAUGGAUAGCAAGAUUUGUAUCCUUUUUAUGUUAUGUGGCUUUUAUUUCCCCUGGUUUACUUCAAGUUGCAUAUUAUUAUAGUUACUGUGGACAGAUUCGAAAAAACAUAAAGUAUGGCGAUCAACCAAGAAAUAGCUUGGAUAUAUAUCUACCAAAAACUAGGCAUGGGCAGAAGCCGAAGCCUGUGGUUGUAUUUGUAAUUGGUGGAGCCUGGAUUUUAGGUAAUAAAGCACAUGGUUAUCUUCUUGGAUCACAGUUAUCAGAGAGAGACAUUAUAGUAGCCUGCCUUGAUUACAGAAAUUUUCCCCAAGGAACUAUGAGUGAUAUGAUAAAGGAUGUUUCUGAAGGCAUCUCAUUUGUAUUCAAUAAUAUUGCAGAGUACGGAGGCGAUAUCAACAGGAUUUAUCUAAUGGGUCAGUCAGCUGGUGCGCAUAUCACUGCAUGCGCACUUGUAGAGCAGGCAAUCAAAGAAGCUGGUGGUGAGAAAGUUUCUUGGUGUGUCUCCAGGAUAAAAGCUUACUUUGGUUUGUCUGGGGGGUACAAUUUGAUAAAUCUGAAGGACCACUUUCACAGUCGAGGUCUUCAUAGAUCCAUCUUUUUAAGCAUAAUGGAAGGAGAAGAGUCCCUGCAAAGAUUUUCCCCAGAAGUUAUGGUACAGGAUCCAAAGAUUGAAGAUGCAGUUUCCCUGCUUCCACACUUCAUUCUAUUUCAUGGAACUGCAGAUUAUUCCAUACCAUUAGAUUCCUGUAAGAGCUUUGCAGAGGUGCUUGAAAGAAUUGGAGUAAAAGUUGAAACGGUUCUAUACAAAGGAAAGACGCAUACAGAUUUGUUUGUCCAGGAUCCAAUGAGAGGUGGUAAAGAUCAGUUGGUUGAAGAUUUGAUUUUCAUCAUUCAUGAAAAUGAUAGGGAUGCUUUUGCAAGAAAUCCAAUGGCUCGCCAAAGAAGGCGCCUUGUACCGGAGUUAUUGUUGAAGUUAGCAUGUACUGUUAGCCCGUUCUGAUCUAUUAACUUUGGUUACUUUUUCUCAGUGAUGCUCGGUGUGUAUAGCCAAAUAUAUGCGUACAUAUUUAUUGAUUGAAAACAUAAUAAUUAUUAUAUCAUGUGCAUUGGUUGAUAUAUUUUUCCA